AUGUCAAAGGAUGUCAAAAAAGAUGAAAGAAUAGGUGAGAAUGAUGAUUUACAACAAGCCAAUUCCGUGGAAAGUCCCCUUAAUACCAGUACUCCAAAGAUGACAAACUCCGAUUCAUCUCCAAAGCUCACCCGAACGCCUUCAAUAGAUGGAUCUUUAAACGAUGAUUUGGUUAGUGUAUCAGGUAAUGUUGGUAAAUUGUUACCUUCUUCAAGAAUGAGCAUGGAUUCAUUUUCAGUUAGAAGUUUAGAUUCUUCAGCAAUUGGUGGAAGAAUAAGCUCAAGGCCGUUUGUAUUUGAUCAUAGUAAUCAUAGUGGAUCUAUGGAAUAUUCGCCACUGGGUAAUAAUUCAAUCUUUGAAAUUGUUAUGAACACAAGAAGGAAAAAUUGGCUUGGAUAUCCAUCAGUACAAGAUAUUCCUCCGGUGGUAUUAACCAAGGAUAUAGUAGAUCCCGAAAUACAAAAUACUGUAAUGAAUUAUGUGCAAUCCAUAGGACCUGAAUGUGCUGUUUUUGAAAGUUCUAAUAAUUUGAAAAUUAUCAACAGAAUCGAACAGAUUAAACAACUGGAAAUUCAUGAUAAUGGUAAUAAUAAUUUUGGUGAUGAAUCUGAAACUGCGUUACAAAAUAAGGAAAAUCUCAAAGAAUUGGAGAAAGUACCAGAUUUCUACUUCAGUAAAAAUUUCCAAUUAGAUAAUCCAAGAACUUUCCAAAAAGUGCUUAAAAAUGUAGAUUUACAAUUGGGAGAAUUGAGUAUUGAGAGCAAACCACAGAGGGACCAUGCAUAUUCGGAAUUGAGAGAUAGACUUAAUGAUUACUUGGACGCCGUCGAAGGUCUUUUAGUAGGGGAAAUAUCCAAAUCUUCUCAUAAAUUUUUCCAUGCACUUGGUGAUGUUGAUCUUAUACAACGAAAGGCUGAAAGUACUGUGAAUGAAUUGGAUCUUCUGGUGGAAAAUGCGGAUAUUUUGGAUAAGGAAAAGAUCCAAAGGAGGAUUGAUCUUUUACAAAAAACCUUUAAAAGGAAAAAUGUACAAAAAUUGGAACAAGGCCUUUUACAAGUUAAACAAGUUCUUCUACGCACUGAGGAAUGUAGAAAGCUUUAUGAGAAGGAACAAUAUGAUAUAUGUCUGCAUAUGAUUAAAUCAAUCGAUCUUUUGAUCAAAGGCGAUGGUUCUCAAGACAAAGCGGUUCAACAAUGGGUUCAAGGUUGGCCUUUCAAACUGGCCGAUUUAAAAUCUGUACCUGCUCUUACAGAAACAAGGGAAUUUUUGACUAAUAUGAAGAUAGAAAUCGGUGGCAAAUAUUCUUUACAAUUAUGUUCAGUGCUUUUGGGAGACGUCAGAAACUAUUGCAAAUCUGUAAGCAGUAAGGCUACUUUGAAUAGGUUACAGAACAAUACCCGUGAAAAGAAAUUUUUAGAUAUCGACGAAGGAUUUCGUGGUAAAGUUGCUAAUAUUGUUCAUCAAUUAAGAAGGUGUGAAGAACUUGCAAGUGCGCUGAGCCUAUAUCAGGACAAAUGUAUCGCAGAAAUAAAAUCUAUUAUCAAGAGUUAUUUACCACAAGAGACUCUGCCAUCAGAAUCGUCAUCUGAGGAUAAAAAAAUUGGUACUCCUGGUACCCAACAGUAUCCACAACAACAACAGCAACAGCCUGUAAACAAUGGAUCUAAACUUUCUAAGCUCAUAAAAGAACAAACACCCAUGGACUUUCAAGACAUGUUGGUUCACAUCUUUACACAUGCUAGUGAAGCUCUCAGAAGAUUUUACAGACAUCAAAAGCUUCUGCUGGAUCUAUCCUUGAAUGAAAUUGUAUCGGCCAAUGAUCCAAAUGAAAACCAACAAAGUAUGAUUACCCAGUUGGAUAUUCGUAAUGGUAUUAAUGAAACCAUACGGAUACUGCAAUUACGUACUGGUAAGAUCAUUGCGGUAAGGCGUGAGCUGACUUGCAACUUACGAUAUGAUCAUUUCCUAGAGCUUUAUUCCAUAUGUGUUCUUUUCAUCCAAGAAUGUGAAGCUGUAAGUGGAGAAUUCCUCACGAGGUAUCUAAGUGACGUCUUAGCCGCUCAAAUUAAGAACUUCAUAGUCAAUCAAAGCUCUAAAAAUAUUAGGACGAUUCAGAGAAAGAUCGAAUCAGAGACAUGGACUCCAUUUGUGGUAGAUCCAUCAGUGCAGAGGGACGUAAAUGAUAUUGUGUCUAGUAUGGAAUUAGACCCCAUUGACUGGAUUAAAAAGUCUGAUUUAGUUAGGGCAAGUGAAGAAGACGAAAAGAAUGAUGACGACAAGGAGAACGAAAAGAAGGAAGCUCAAGCUGGUCAUAAAAAAUCUGUUGUGGUCGAAGAUAAUACAUUUGUUGCAAGCGACUCAUUAUUAACCAACAUAGGGCUCAUCAAGGAAGUUUUCAUCCUUGCAGUGAAUUUACCCAGUGCGUACUUGGCAAAUUUUGAGAAAAUGUGCUACGAUUUAUUGAGGUAUUUCAACAUCUUUGCGGUAGCGGCUCUCAAUGAUCCUGCAAAGAGCUCAUUACAAUCAAAUAAAAAUUAUUCCAUCAUGGGAGAAUCUCUGGACUGUCUCUCACGCUUUGUACAUAUUGUGCAAAGGUUCUUCCAAAGACUGUCCAAUUUCAACAAGGACUAUUCGUCAUUGGACCAGAGUCACUACAACCAUCUACUUCAUCAGUAUCACAUGUCCUCAGAGAAAAUCUACAUGGCCAAUGCGCCACCGCCACCGGCGCCUGUAUAG